AUGUUGUCACGGCGCAUGCUCACAAAGGCGGACGAGGAGUCCGUCGGCGACGAGGUCGAGGUGAGAAGGGAGGACCAGGACAAGAUCAACAAGUUCAGUCGCCUGCAUCAGCGCGAACUCAUAAUCGAGGAGGAACUCAAGGACAAGAGCGUCAGUCAGAUCCCUACCGUUCGACAAGCGACAUCAUCUAAUGUUUCCGUGCCUUUGCAGAAAGAGAAGGAAGAACUCGACGAUCUCAGCACAGAAUUGGAGCUCGCCGACGAAGACGAGACAGUACCAUACAAGAUCGGCGACGCUUACUUCCACGUAUCACAGCCUCAAGCAAUAGAGAUGCUCGAACAGGCAUCGACCAAGAUCGAGGAGGAUGUUGAAGGGUUGGAAUCGAAGCUGGAAACAAUCAAGGAGGAGAUGAACCAACUGAAGGUUGAGCUGUACGCCAGAUUCGGAAAGAGUAUCAACCUCGAGACAUGA